CUGUCACGUGACCAGUAAUGGCAUAUCAAUAAUAUUGUUUGUAUAGACUAAAAUUCCUUUAACUUUCUUUUCAAAACAUGUGUCUACGAUAGACUUAGAAAUGUAUUUGUUUCUUUGUUUUUUUAAUAUCAGAUUGUGUAUGGUACUGCCACGAUUACACACAUUACGUAAAAACUACAAAUGAUUUUAUGUCCCUCGUCCUUUACUUUGCAGCUGCGCAACAUGUGUUUGUCACGUGACCUGACAAAGUACAAGUGAUCGCACACCUGGAGUCUGCAGUUACAGAAACCUCGCAAAUGUCUGCGUUAUUGCUGACGCCUGACUCCUUUAAUGAGUAGAGUUUUAAAUGAUCGUGGUUUGUAAUCAUGGAGGAAGAAUCGGACACGAGGGAAAUCCUCUCUGCAGACACGCUGGAGGACGCGGCGGCGGUGGAGGAUCAGGAAGAGCUGUCGGGAAUCCAGUGUGACUGUUCGCGGUCUCCUCCAUACGCAUGUCCACUCUCAGUCACGGUCGAGCCCGUGAUCUUCCUCUCCAUGUUCUCGCUUGCACUGCAGGCGCCCCUUUACACGCAGUACCUCUGGGAACGCAUUAGCGAGGACGUGGGUUAUAACGGAACGAGAGGAGGAGGAGGAUGUGGUAAUUCAUCUGCUCAACAAGACCCUCUUCAGAAGGAGGUUGAAUCCCUGACUGCACAUUGGAACUUGUACAUCAAUCUUGGAGGUUUUCUUGUGGGCCUCUUUGUUGUGAUUCUGAUUGGCUCAUGGAGUGACCGAGCAGGGCGGCGGCUCGUCUUGAUACUUCCCAGUUUGGGCCUUGCUGUCCAGGCUACUGUCUACCUGACUGUCAUGUAUCUGAAACUCCCUGUGGCCUGGUUCUUAUUGGGACGAAUUUGCAGUGGCCUUUCUGGGGAUUUUAAUGCCAUUCUGGCCGGGUGCUUCGCGUAUGUGGCCGACAUCAGUGACAAGCGUUCUCGCACGUUUCGUGUGGCAAUACUGGAGGCAUGUUUGGGGGUUGCUGGAAUGUUUGCAAGCAUAAUUGGGGGUAAAUGGCGACAUGCACAAGGAUAUAUCAACCCUUUCUGGCUUGUGCUAUCCACAAACCUUGCCACAGCCCUCUAUGCUUACCUCUUCAUACCUGAGUCUGUGACCCCUGACCCUGGAGCGAGUCUCUUCUCCACCCAGCAUCUCAGAGCUGUUUGUAAUCUGUUUGCAUCUGGAGGACAGGGAGGACACAGGACCAGACUCUGGCUUUACACCCUGUGCUUCUUCUUGGUGAUCACUGUGCAUUUCGGCUCACGGGAGCUGUACGUGCUCUAUGAGCUGAGCACACCUCUGUGCUGGGAUUCUGAGCUGAUCGGGUACGGCUCGGCCGCUCAGCACAUGGCCUACCUCACCAGUCUUCUAGGCCUGAAGGUUUUACAGCGCUGCCUCAGUGACUCCUGUGUAGCUAUCCUUGGCCUGGUGUCCAACAUCGCUGGUUUGGUGGUGUUUUCAUUUGCAAAUACUACAGGUCUUAUGUUUACAGGAUACAGCCUGUGUUUUCUCUUUAUGGCCUCCACUCCAGUCCUGAGAUCCAAACUGUCUAAACUUGUGAACCCCUCAGAGCAAGGUGUUCUCUUCGCAUCUGUGGCUUGUGUAGAGGGUCUUGGUUCACUGGUGGCCAGCGGAGUUUUUAACUCGCUCUACCCUGCCACCUUACACAUGAUGAAGGGAUUUCCUUUCCUCUUUGGUGCUAUAGUCCUUGUCCUUCCUGCUGGAAUAAUUGGGGUCUUGUGGCACAGAGAGAAGAGGAUGAACAAUGAAGAGACUGCAGUGAACUGAUACUGUUUGUGCAAAAUCCUUGACCUUGAAAAGGAGAGACAGCAGUCUCAGUCCCAGACUCAACACAGCGCUAUGAAGAAUACAUAGCCAGGGUGUGAAGACUCAUGUCUAUUUACUGCUGUCUACAUUUUCAUCAUAUAUAAUAUAUAGAACUCCCAUGAUGUUUGAUUUGAAAGAGAUGUGUUUUAACUGUAUUUACUUUUAUGAAAAUGAAAUGUGACGAUAUUUUGUACUUUUUGAGCAGCAUCAUGAAAACAGAAGGUGUGUGUUUCUUGAUCAAUUGCACAAGUAUUGUGGAUUUUUUUAUUAUGGCCAAUUAAUAUGAAUUUAAUGAAGAUAAUUUUUUAAAACCAAUGUAUUUUAGGUACAGGUUUCAUAUAUAGUACAUAAACUAUAGUUUGUGGAUAUUUUUAUUACUAUUAUUAUUUUUAACAGUCCAAACCUGUUCUGGCAAUGUGGCAAUGCACACACUGAAUUAUGACUUUGGAUCGUUUAAAACUCAUGUUUCAUUGUACUUUUACCAGCAUAGUGCAAAAUUACAUAAAAACAUUGUGCAAUUUGCUGUGGUUUAAAAUGAACACAGUUACAGAAAUCAGUAACCGUUGCAACACCCAACCACAUUGUAUUUUAUUGCUUAUAUUCAAUAUUACACUGUAGUCUACAUGAUAGUUACUCAUUGUCUCGUUAACAUGGUAAAGGAUCUGUAGCAGACUGGGAUUACAGAGUUACACAGGGUCUGAGUGUUUGGCCUAUACAAGUCCCUUAAGGAGACUCGGAUGACUGCUGUAGUCUCAGCACAGUACACAGGUCUCCUCAAAACACAAACACAGAGGUUAGCUCUCACUGGGGUUGCUCUUAAGGCAAUAAACAUGAUUCAUGAUAAUGA